AUGGCGGAGCUAGCUGGCGCAGGCUUGAAGCUGUCCCAAGCGCUGUACCAAUAUGCCGAUGGUGUGGCUUCUGCCAAAGACAGAAUCAAGGAUAUCGCGAACGAGGUCAAGCUCACAAGCUUCGUCAUCCAAGAGCUAGGGGCCAUCUUCGAGAGAGACGAGACUGCGAACCUGAUUUCGGAAAACGCAGUCAGGACAGCCAACGAGACAAUCAAAGAGUGUUUUGCAGUUUUCACGGAACUUGAGUUGAAAAUCAACAAGGACAAGCCAGGGAAGAUGAGUCGGCUGAUGUUGCCAUUCAAAGACAACAAGAUUGAACUGCUGCGAAGCCAGAUUGAUAAGCUCAAGAGUACGCUGGAACUGUUGAUGCAGGUGCUCAUACACGCCCAUCAAGUUUCAUCGGAGAAGUACAACCGCGAAGCUGAAGCGAAGCACCGGGAAGAGAUCAAGCAAUUGCUUGAGAACAAGAAGCAGGCCACGAAGAAGUACGAGGAGUCGCUAAGAAAUUUCAGUAUCAGCGACGGCAGCACUGUUGUGGAUGAUGGCGAUCGAUCAGUAAAGGAUAAAGACGACGUUGGUUCGUCGUCUAACCUCUUCGACGCUGCGGGAGCCAUGGGCUCAACAAUCAACCCUGAUACGAUUGCAACAUGUGUCGACCAUGUACGAAGUCUGCUCGCAGACAUCGAGACAUUGCAGCUUGCUUUGGCCAGACAAGUGAAUGGGGAUGACCACUCAGAUCACCAUCAGAAGGCUAUCGGAUCUUACUUUCUCGCUCGCUCUCAUCUCGACAUUGUCCUGCUUGGCAAGUCUCAAGCCAAUGCCACUGAUGCGAAAAUGCGGCAAUCGAUCAGCGAAGCGAGCGGAAGGAACAUAGCAUCUGCUGUGGCGGAUGUAACGCCGCCCGAUAGCCACGCCCUCGCCGCUUUGCGUCACGAAAGGGCACGAAAACAAAUGAAGAUGGAGAUGGAAAUGGAAAUGGAACGAGCACGUAUCGUUGCUGAAGCGAGAACGAAGUCAGCCGACGUAAACAUAAAUGACAAGGAGAGAGAGGCAGCUUUAAUGAUAGAACGGGAAGUGCGCCUUGAGCGCGAAGCCAGAGAUCAAGUGAGGGCCAAGAUGGAGCUUCAAAGCAGACCACAAGACUCAGUCUACCGCCCUGCAUGGCGCGCGGAUAGUAUCGAAGAUCUGCCCAUCGAAUUCCCUCCUGGUGCUGAGUAUAGGCAAACCAAGUACCGCGAGGAGUAUGCAUCGCCUCGCCGCACUAGUUCCGAGGACGGUGGAUUACGAAAAGCUAAGGAAGAGCGUGAACGCAUACCACGACCUCCAAUCAAUGGGCCCGAUACAGCUGCACUCUUGCGGCGGCCAAUUCUUCAGUCCAAACCCUCGAGUUCUUCUGCAGGUGACGUCCCGCCCCGUCCUAUAAGUCAGGCGAAGCUGGAAGCUCGCGCUCGAGGUGAGAGGCUUUGGCAAGAAGAGCUGCGAAGAAGAGAAGGGAUUACCACUCCUGCAAGAGACGAUGUAUCUUCCAAGCGCGGCUCACGUCCACGUGCAUCAUUACAGCCACCGCAGUCAGUCCGCGAUAAACCACGUUCACUAUCAGCUUCAUACCUGUUAGAAGAGCGCCGUCCAUCUGUAAAUGCCAUUGAUCCUACAACCUCACCUCCUGAGAAAGAAAACAAGAAGUUGUAUUCGAUGGAUGGCUAUUAUGACAGCAGUAAGCCCCCACCGCGUCUUCAUGGCAUGAGCGAUAGCAAUAGCAACUACCCCACAGAGCUUCGCGACACAGAGCCAGCCUGGCGAAAGCCACGUCCUUACAGCUUAGAACGUGGCUCUCGUCCCAUCAGCAUGAUCUCGGAACGUCCUGGGCCGUCGCGCCGCAGAUCUAUCGAUGAAGUCGAGGACUACACCGAGUCAGCUGGCCUAGGAGGUCUCAGCGGCGCAGCCACCAGCAACCGUGACCAAUCCCGCUCACGCUCUCCUCUAGGUCACUCGAACGAUAUUGCUGGUAUCCUUAGACCGUCCAAACGUGUACAAGAAGAUGACAGGACCAAGAACCGAGAAGAGGAGGUGUUUGACGAGUGGGGAUUGAAACCAAGGAGGGAAGGGCUAGAGAAUGCGCGACGCGAUACGAAAAGGAAGAGUACAAAGAGUAGGUCUAGUCCUGUUUUUGAAGUUGUGGCGUCCUAG